AUGACACCAACGCAGGCACCUAGCUCCGCGCAGUCGGCUGUGCUGAUGCGCUCUGAGCCCAUGCCGACGGACGCCAAACAGGCCAUGGGCCCUCAGUUUGAUACGCAGGACCCUCGCGAUUUGUUCGGCGUGCUGGACAGCAUGGCCACUAUGGGGUUUCAAGGGACCUCGGUGGCUGAAGCUGUCCGUAUCAUUGAGCGUAUGCGUACUUGGCGUCUGAGUGAAGAUCCUGCGUACAACCCAGCGGAGGAUGAGAAUGCUUCGCUGCCGACAGACGAUCCUGCCCACCCCAGCAACGUGCGGUGCACCAUUCUUCUGGGAUACACGUCGAAUCUCAUUUCGUCCGGCCUGCGUGAAGUGAUCCAUUUCCUUGUGAAGCACAAGUAUGUCUCAGGUAUCGUUACUACGGCUGGCGGCGUCGAAGAGGAUUUCAUCAAGUGCCUUGGUCCGACCUACCUUGGUAGUUUCCACUUGGAUGGCGCUACGCUGCGCAAGCAGGGCAUGAACCGGAUCGGCAACUUGAUUGUACCGAAUGACAAUUAUUGUGCCUUUGAGGAUUGGGUGAUGCCUAUUCUGGACAAGAUGCGAGAGGAGCAGGAAACGGCGCCGCCAGAAGACAAUGGCGAGCGCUUUGCCUGGUCUCCCAGUCGUGUGAUUGAGCGCUUGGGCCAUGAGAUCAACGAUGAGCGUAGCGUAUACUACUGGGCCGCGAAGAACAAGAUCCCUGUCUUUUGCCCGGCCUUGACAGAUGGCUCAUUGGGCGAUAUGAUCUAUUUCCAUACCUACAAAAACCCUGGACUGACCAUUGACAUCGUGCGUGAUAUUCGUCGCCUCAAUGAUAUUAGUGUCAAGGCGAAAAAGGCCGGCAUCAUUAUCCUUGGUGGUGGUGUGUGCAAGCACCAAAUCGCUAACGCUAUGCUGUUCCGCAAUGGCGCCGAUUUUGGCGUGUACAUCAAUACCGGCCAGGAGUUUGACGGGUCCGAUAGCGGCGCGCGGCCGGACGAGGCUGUGUCGUGGGGCAAGCUCAAAAGUCGUGAGAAUGGCGGCGAUACCGUGAAAGUAUACGCUGACGCUACCAUUGUCUUCCCCAUCAUCGUGGCAUCUACGUUUGCCAAGGCGCACUGGGCUGCCAAGCAUGUAGCGCCCUCCGUGUAG